GUUUCACUUUAGUAUCUCGAUGCUGGAGCGGUCGGUUUCUCACAGGAAAAUGGAGGGCUUCAGCAGAGUCGCUUUCCGCAGGAAACAACACAGUGUGGACACUGUGGAGCCAGAGGAAACAGAGAAGAAAGACAAAGCUCGAUGUUUCCAGUCCAAGAACACUGAUGAGGCCUGCGUGGCGGUGAAAAUCGAACACUCCAGAGCUCUAGGCAGUAGCCCGGCGAGCAAUCAUAGCAGCCCACCUAGUGUGCAGGCGUGUCUGAGUCGGGUGAGCAGUGGGACAACUGACAGGAGCAGGGGGCUGGUCAAUGGAAGAAGCUCUGGCAGCAGGCCUUGGCUGCAGUCUAAACCACAAGUGCCUCCAAAGCCACCACAUCUCCAGAGCCCGGUGACGGAGAUCACGUCCCCGUUGGGCCGCUUCCAGAGACCAUUAUUGAAGAGUAUGAGCACACAAAGCAUGGAGGAGAGAGGAGUGGGAGGAGGAGGAGGAGGAGGAGGGAGAGGGGCUGUGAACCGAGAGAAAAUCAAGGAGAAAAAAUCCAAAGUUUCAGAUCUCAUCAGCCGCUUUGAGGAGAACAGCAGCGCAGAGAACAAGAGAGACAGCUCACCCAUCAAACAGAGCAGCAAGUCGUCCAACUGCAGCCCAGCUCACCGCCCCUACCAGAGGCAGACAGACACCAGCGAGACUAAGGAGAACCACUCCUCCUCUGCGCCAGCGUCGCCGCAGGAUGACCACAAAUCGGCGGCCAACAGUGUGCUAGCUCGGAUGGAGCAGGACAAGGAAGACAACCAGGAGAGGAUCAAUGACAGUGUGACGAUAGAGACUGCAGGGCUGGUGAACGGAGAUAUGGGGUGCGAGAGCACAGAACAGAGUGAUGAUCAUUCACCUCCACACACAGACAGGACUGGUACAGAGAGCCACACUGAGAACGAGGACAGUGGGACUAAAAUAGAAAGCGAGCACAGGAAUGAAGAAGGGAGCACCGACCAGAAGGAGACAAAUGAACAGAAGCUGUUUAAGAUCGCCAGUGAGCUCUUGCACACAGAGAAGGCCUACGUAGCAAGACUUAACCUGCUGGACCAGGUUUUCUGUACUGUAAAGCUAAUGGAGGAGGCAAAUAAAGGAACGUUCCCCGUGGAGGUCGUGAAGAACAUCUUCUCCAACAUUUCCUCUAUCAACACCUUUCACAGCCAGUUUCUGCUUCCAGAUCUGGAGAAACGCAUGGGAGAAUGGGCGUCCACACCUCGCAUUGGAGACAUCCUGCAGAAACUCACACCCUUCCUCAAGAUGUAUGCAGAGUAUGUGAAGAAUUUCGACAAGGCUAUGGAGCUGCUGAAACAGUGGACUGAUCGUUCGCCUCAAUUCAAGGCCAUCAUUCAGGAGAUACAGAGUCAGGAGGUAUGUGGCUGCCUGACGCUACAGCAUCACAUGUUGGAGCCCGUGCAGAGGGUCCCUCGUUACGAAAUGCUGCUUAAAGACUAUCUGAAGAAGCUGCCGCAGGACGACCCUGACAGACGAGAUUCAGAAAAAUCCUUAGAAAUUAUCGCCACAGCAGCUACUCAUUCCAACAGCGCCAUACGAAAAUCUGAGAAUCUAAAGAAACUGAUGGAGAUAUACGAGAUGCUGGGUGAGGAGGAGGACAUUGUGAACCCCUCUAACGAGUUCAUCAAGGAGGGCCAUAUUUUGAAGCUGGCAGCCAGGAACACGUCAGCCAUGGAGCGAUACCUCUUCCUGUUUAACAACAUGCUGUUGUACUGCGUGCCCAAAUUCAGUCUGGGGGGGACAAAGUACACGGUGAGGACGCGGAUCGGCAUUGACGGCAUGAAGGUUCUGGAAACGACCAAUGAGGACUACCCUCAUACCUUCCAGGUGUCGGGGAAGGAGAGGAUGCUGGAGCUACAAGCCAGCUCGGAGCAGGACAAGGCUGACUGGAUUAAGGCUUUCCAGAAGACUAUUGAGAUCUUCCAACAGAAAAACGAGUCAUUCAAGAACGCACUGAAAGAUGUGGAGCAAGUGUCGAAUGCAGAGCUGGGGAAACGCGCCCCUCGCUGGAUCCGCGACAAUGAAGUGACGAUGUGUAUGAAGUGUAAAGAGCCUUUUAAUGCUCUGACGCGGCGGAGACACCACUGCAGAGCCUGCGGCUAUGUGGUGUGCUGGAAGUGUUCAGACAACAAGGUGGCGCUUGAAUAUGACGGCAACAAAGUGAACAAAGUCUGCAGAGACUGCUUCUCCAUCCUGACUGGAGAAAGGAUAACCGAGGGCAGGAAGAAGGGCAUCCUGGAGAUCGAGGCGGCUCAGUUCAGCGGCAGCAGCAUCAUGUGUGGCUUCCUGCAGUACUGUGAGAAGAACAAACCCUGGCAGAAGGUGUGGUGCGUCAUCCCCGAGAAGGAGUGCCUGGUGCUCUAUCUCUACGGAGCUCCGCAGGAUGUAAAGGCCCAGUGUACUAUACCCCUCCUGGGAUACUGCGUGGACGACAGCGCCCGGCCCACAGACCCUCCGGCCAGCUUUCGCCUCUCUCAGUCCAAGUCCAUCCACAACUUUGCUGCUGAAUCCGAGGAGCUUAAACAGCGCUGGCUCAAAGUGAUUCGAGUGGCAGUAGUGGGAGAGAUGCCAGAAUGCCCUCAAACCAACGACGCCAACACGAUGGACAACAACAACACACAAGAAGUGGGUACCGAUAGCUCAUAAAGGCGUUUUUUCGACAAGCAAGCUGCUGUUGGAUUGCUCAAGACAAGACAGGAAGUGCAGGUGUAUACUGCACGCACAAAAUAUAAAAUGCACACCCUCCAUGCUGUCCUCAAACCUUAAAGACAAAGUGGAAAAAUCAGUGCUGGAUAAGCUGCCUUUUAUUGCCACUCUCCUGUUUCUUUGUGGAUUUUCUCACAGGAGGACUUUUGAUUUUCUGUUGGAGCUGUGCUGGAUUACUAAAGGACAUGUCGGGUGGAAUCACUACGAGAGCAGAGGGGCCUCGGGAUUGAUUGACUUCCUCAAACAGCCACUAUGAAGGACAGCACAAAAACUCUUCAUAGAAUUUUAAACUACGUCAGCUCCUCUUGAGCCAGUGGACAGACGUACACAGCGCCCUGUACAGGAUGUGAAUCAAAGCAAAGGACGGUGCAAACUGAAGUCUGGUGCUGAAACUCGAGUCUGUGUACAUGUACAGUAUAAAUGUUUUUUUUUCUUCUUAUCAAAAAAAAAGGAAUUAUGUUUUUAUGUACAGAAAUCAAUCCCACACUUUGUUUUGAUAACAUAGAAAACAUCUAAGUACGCUAUAAAAUAUUUACAGUAUUUUGUCCUUUUAUUUGCUUGAUCCACAACUGGGAAAAUCAUCAUGUGGUUAGAUAUCGAUGGUCUCAUCUCCCUCUCUCAUCCUUCAGUGAAAAUGUAUCAACUGUCUAAUCAAAGUCUGGAUGCAUGUUGGCUGAUAUGUCUGCUUUGCACCUGUCCUAUAGUGGUUUUGUAUUAAAUCAAACCAGUUCUAAUUUAAACCUGGUUUGAUUUGCAAAUUAGUCUAGGCAGCUGACCAUAGAAGAAAUGAAUAGUCCCUUAAGGUUUUUCCAUCGUAUGGCAAUUCAUAUUGUGAUCCAUUUUCAAGAAAACUGGUCAAAAUUGAAGCAGCUUAAAAAACACUCCUACAAUUCCUAAUGCAGCUCAAUAAUGACAUAAGUUGGGCCUUCACUGCCUGUGAAAUACCAAGUUUUCUGCCAGAUUUGAAGUCUUGCACUCAAACUCAAGAUAACCUAAUGAUGUCAUAACAAAGCUCCCUGCUGAGCCACAAAAGUUUUCACAUCUGUCCAUGACAAGUUGGGGAGGAAGUAUUCAGGCCCUUAACUUAAGUAAAAGUACUACCACCACACUGUAAAAAUAGUCAAACUAGUAAAAGUUCUGCAUUGAAAAUGUUACUUACGUAAAAGCAUGUAAGUACAAUCAGGGAAAGGUAUUUAAGUAUAAAUAGUAAACCAACUCAAUGUGAAAAAAUUCACUUCAAUUUAAUAAAUUAACACAGUAAAAAGGAAAGCAACAACUCUAGAAACUACAGUUACUAAAUAAUAGUGGAGUAAAAACUACAAAAACGCACCUUUGAAGUACAGUAGAAGAAAAAAGUGGCAUGAGAUUUAAAUACUCAAGUAAAAGUACGUCAAAUUUGUGCUUAAAUACAAUACUUGAGUAAAUGCAUUUAGCUGUAUUCCACCACUGAUGACAAGUAAAGUAAUAUGAUGUAUUUAAUCUGUGGAGUGCCCCUUUAAAUGUCAAGCGACUUCAGCAGAAACAACAUAACAAGGUCACAAGGUCUCCGUGGUCUCACAAUAUGUAUUGUCAUACUUUGCCCAACCCUGUAGCCCAGACAGUGCCGUUUAUUUUAAAAUGCCGUACUGCAAUCAUGUGUAUUCUAACCUGGAUGAUGGUAAUUCAUGUGUAAAACUGAGGAUGAAUGGUAAAUGCUUGUCAUGGACCUUAAUUCAUGUGCAGAAAGAUGAACGGGGAUCUUCAGGUUUUCUAUUUAGAUGCAAAACAAUCACAAAUAUAGUAAGCUGGUGCGAGAAAUGUAAAUGUGUUUUUAAUGCUGUAAUUAAUUUUAUUAUUUAAAGUAAUUUAUAGAGUAUGAAAAGCAUGAUCUGUUAAAAGUAGCACAAAUUUGUUCCCUGACUGUCAACUCAGAAGCGCAGUAGGUAGAUCUUUUUAUUUUUCUGAGAGAUGUUUUUCCACUAACUCAUCAAACGUGUCACCUUCGGUUCUUCAGUGUGACAGCAGCCAUUCCCAGCGCAGGACGGAGUGUGUGUAUUCACAUGAAUGUGUUUGCAGCGUUAUUCCCUGUGCUCGAUGCUGGUGCUCACCGCAGUCUUAUCCCCCAGAACUCUUUCCCCUCCUCAGUACUCAAAUAAAGAGAAGAGCACAAAACUUCCCUGUCUGUAAGAUCUGAAUGUAUAUCCAGAUUUUUAUGUCUCUAAUCCCCCUCCCCAAAGGUUUGAGAAUCUACGCACUUUACAGUCGCAUAAAGUGCACCUUCAAGGAAAAUAAAAAGAGAUUAAAUACGA